AUGUCAAGUUCAAUUGUUCUGCAUGUCACAAAUCUUCCAAAUGUGUCAAGUAAAGAAGCUUAUGGGCCUUAUGUAGCUAGGCUUACCAUCAACUUGACCCUUUUUGAAGCCCCCAUUCAAGCAAUCUCAAAUCAAAGGACAACUCCUAUCAUCAUCAAUAAUCCUAUUCAAAUCCAAUCAUCAUACUUUUCUACAUCAAUCAUCAAUCUAGUUAAAACUAAAUCACAAAAAAAAGAAAUCAAACGACAAAAAACUAAAGCAUAUGAAUCUUUAAAAGAACAAAAACAAAUCAAUUUGCAAAAAGAAAAACCUGAUCCGAUCUUAGGUUAUUCAACUUCCAAACCAAAAGAUUAUCUUACAUGGGAAAAUUGUGAAUUAAAUCAAUUAAUUUUAAAAAAUGAAGAUGUUUGGUCAGGUAAAUUAGGUGAAGGUGAACAAGUCGAUCAAAUCCCAAAUCUAUUAAACUUUGGUUUAACAGAUGAUCAUAAAGAACUUUUAUUCAAAGCUUUACCUUUAGUUAGUAGUCAAAAAUCAAUCUUAGAUGUUACUAAUUUCGAAUCUGUUCAACAACAACGUCAAGACAAAAGUAUUUCAGAAGAAUCUUUGAAACAGAAAGCUUUGACUAGGAUCCUAGAUUUAAGGAAUGCUGAUUCUAAAGCGAUUGAUAAAGUUAACAAAUCACGUAUCAUUAAAGCUUUCUCUCCAAAACCAACUCUUGAUGAAGAACAGAAGCUAGACCCAGGUUGUGCAGAAGUUCAAGCUGCUAUCGCCACUUAUCGGAUCCAUGCUGUACUAAAGCACGCCUGGUCCAAUACUCGUGACGUUCAUUCUCGCCGCCAUUUAACUCAACUUGUUAUGCAUCGAAUGAAAACACUCAAGAAUUUAAGAAACAAUGCACCAAAUCGAUAUCGUGAACUUUUACCUAGGAUCGGACUGCAACCUCGUUAUUUAACUGAAGAACUGAUCAUUCGAUCAAAGUUACCACUCAAACCAGGUGAACUAGCUCACUAA